UUCCGAAAAAUGGAUGCCAUGGGGAACCCGGGUGUGAAAAAGCGGAACGAAGUUAUUCUAAUUGGUUAGAUCCCCACCACUCCGUCUUUCCGAUUCCGUUUUUUCGAUUAAAUGGGACGGCCCCUUAAACGAUCGUCAAUCGUCAUAUCAUUUAAUAUCAAUAACGUGGAUUAACGUUGGUGAACGUUACGCAGUUAAACGAAAGAGCUGAUUAAACGGUUAUAAACUUCUUAACAAGACAAUGCCAAAAUUAAAAAGAAAUGCACACGACCAAGAGACAUUUGUUGAAAAUGCAAACGUAUCUCUCGUUAAGAAACAAAGGAAGAAUAAAAAUGACAAGGAGUUAUCUCAUGGUGUACAUAAAAAUGAUUCAAAGAAAUCAGGCGCAUCUAAUGAAAAAAUAAAGAAUACAUUUACAAGCAAACAAAAUAGUAAGAAGAAAAAAUAUGGUUCUAGUAAUAAAUUUGAUGCAAAAGGUACAGAGAAAUUAGAUAGUCCAACAAAAUAUUCAAGAGAUGAUAAACAGAUAUUGGAAGUAUCUCAAAAAGUACAAAUUAACACAGAUGGUAAAACAAAACACAAAAUGAAGAAUAAGAAUAAAUCUGGUGCAAACGAUGUAAAGAAAUCAGAUGUUCCAAUAAAAUAUCUAAAAAAUGAUAAUAAAACAUCAGAGAUACUUGAAAAAACAAAUAGCAAAGCAAAAAAUAAGAAGGGAAAUGACGAACAAAAACAGAACACGAUGAUGCAAAAGAAGCUUGAACGUGCGAAUAAGUAUGCUGCGAGAAUCGAUAAUGCAAAGGAGUCUAUUGAUUUCGAAUCUAAAAAAAUGAAAAUUGAUAAAUUUAAAAAGUUGGCUGAUAAGAAGCUAAAACGAAUGUCAGUAGAAACACGGGGAAUUACAUUAGAGUUGAACAAAUUUAUAAUGAAAAUUAAGGAAAUGGAAGAGAUGCUCGCUAAAAAUUCGGAAGAAAGGCAUUCUUUGAAAAGUGGAAUGACGCAUUUAACAGCAGCUGGAUAUAGAUAUCUUAAUCAAAUGUUACAUGACAAUAAUAGUUCCCAAUCUAAGUGUUAUUUUAAAGAGAACCCUAACGCUUUCAAGAUUUAUCACAUGGGAUAUAAAUGGCAGCUUGAACAGUGGGCAAUAAAUCCACUGGAUGUUAUAAUAUCAUCAAUCAUGGAACUACCAGUGGAUCUUAUGAUCGCCGAUUUUGGAUGUGGUGAGGCACGGCUUGCUGCUUCUAUUCCUAAUAAAGUAUAUUCGUUUGAUUUCGUCGCUUUGAAUGAUAGAGUGAAAACUUGCGACAUGUCUCAUACCUCAUUACGAACGAAAAGCAUUGAUGUUGCUGUGUUUUGCCUCUCACUAAUGGGAUCAAAUCUUAAUGAUUAUAUAAUAGAAGCUAACAGGAUUCUUAAAAACAACGGUAUUUUGAAAAUAGCUGAGAUCGAAAACAGAUUUGAGAAUGUAAAAAAUUUUAUAAAACAUCUGCGAAGUUAUGGUUUUAAAAGUAUAUGGAAACACUCUUCUGACCCGUUUUAUUUUUUGGAUUUCAUAAAAGAGAAAGAUAUAAAUAUGAAAGAGAAAACUCUCCCUCCAAUUACGCUCCAAUCAUAUUUGUAUACAAAAUGAUAAGAUUUUAUUAUAUUCAAAAUAUUUUAUUUUUUACACCAGAGACAAAGUUGUUUUAUGUGAAAACAUUUUAUUUUUUAUGAAACUUAAAAGAAUUUCAAAUACAAAAAAAUAUGUAUGUUCCUGCAAACUUUUAUACAUUACUAAUUUUGUAUCUAUUGCUAUUUGCUAUAUCUCUGUUGAUAUUACGAUUUACUUUCAAGUAUUAUAGCAAAAGUAAUAAGCUUAUAUCUUAUUCAAACGUAUGUACCAGUUCAAACUGUUACCACUUCAAUUUAUUAUUCUUCGAAAU